AUGCAAACAUAUGAAUAUUCUAAAAUAAGUUCUAAUUCUAUUGGAAUGAAUGUUACUCUAAGAGAUUUAUUAGAUUAGCCAAUUCAAACAAAAACAGUCAAAGUAAUUGAAGUGUUCAUUAGUAAUACUUGUGCACAUCAUUAUAAGAUGAGGGUGAUUAUGUGUAUAAUUGUUAUAGUGCUCUAAAUAUUUCAAAUUAGGGAGAAGUAUUGGAACUUUAUAAUAAAUGGCCUGGACUAAUAGAGGAAGUAUAUAUAAAGAAAAAUGAUUUGAUUGGAAUCGAUAGUGUACUUUACAAUAUUAAGAGUGAUUUCAGGUAAGAUCUAUAGGUAGAAUUGAUAUAAUAUGGAAUUACAAAUAAACGAAAUUAGAAUAUAAGAAUAAACAUUAUUAAAAAUGAACAAGUAUCUGAAUAAAAUGAUACUAUUCCCUUGGAUCCUAAAAUAAUACUUGGACACAAAGAUAAUGUAUUUAGAGUUUAGAUGAAUGAUGGAAAAAUGAAUGAUAUAAAUUUUUUGGUUAUGAAAAAUAAAUACCCUCAUUUAGUAAUCUAAUAUUUAGAAAAAUUGUGA